CUGGCAGUGAAGAAGAAGAAGAAGAAGAAGAAGAAGACCGUCACAUUUUCAAGAUGGCUGCCUCCAUCUCAGGAUUACUAAAACCUUGGACACCAAGAGUCCUCUUGGUGAGAUGGAGCAGAUACAACCCUUACUAUCUGGAGCCCGAGGUCAGGAAGGAGGCCUACAGCCGGCCGGAGAGCGAGCUGAGCGCCGAGGAGAAGGAGGAGCGCGAGCUGAAAACGCUCCGACCCAUCAAAGCCGCCCCCAACGCAGUGACGAGCUCCACGUUUGACGACCCGGUCCUCAGUAAAUUCAUCAACAUGAUGAUGAAAGACGGCGACAAGAUUUUGGCCAGAGAGAUCAUGAUGCAGACGCUGGAAAACAUAAAGUCGAAGCAGGUGGAGAAAUACCACAAAGCUGCCGAUGGGAAGAAGGAGGAGAUUGAGUGCAAUCCUUACGCCAUCUUUCACCAGGCCCUGGAGAACUGUAAGCCUGUAGUUGGGCUGGCCAGCAUACAGAAGGGUGGAAAAUACUAUCAGGUGCCCAUCCCGCUGACGGACAACCGCCGGCGCUUCAUGGCGAUGAAGUGGAUGAUCAAAGAGUGCCGGGACAACAAACACAGACGCACGCACAUGUACGAAAAGCUCUCCCAGGAGCUGCUCGCCGCCUUCGAAAAGGAGGGCAACGUCAUCAAGAAGAAGCACGAGCUGCACAAGAUGGCCGAAGCCAACAGAGCCUACGCCCACUACCGCUGGUGGUAGACGGGAGAGCUGAGCAGGACUGACGGAUGACAAGCUGUUGUUGUAAAUAGGGAAUCUGUCACGAUGGGACAACGUACAAGAGACUGCAGAUUGACUUACUGAUUGCAUUUUUUUUUUUGUAUAUAAAAAUCUGUCAUAAACCUC